AUGGUUGAUAUCGACGAAUUAUGUCAGUUUGCACGAUUAGGUCAAACAUUAAAAAUUCAAAAAUAUUUACAAACACAUAUCAUUGAUAUCAAUGCAUUGAAUCUCUAUGGUGAAACAGCACUAUCGACGGCUACUUAUCAUAAUCAAAUCAGUUCUGUUGAAUAUCUUCUAGCAGCUAAAGCCGAUCCGAAAUUACGUCUUUCUGCUGGACAUACCGCUGUGCAUAUUGCUUGUCGAUUAGCCAAUGUACCGAUUUUACAUCGUUUAUUAUCAAUUAAAAAAGAUGCAUACGAAGAAGAAAAAGAACAACAACAUAGAGAAGAUAAACAUGUUUAUGAUUGUUUACGAAUGACAGAUAAUUCGAAUUUAACACCAAUACAUUGGGCAGCUAGACAAGAAUCUGUUUCGAAACGACAAAAGAUUUUUGCUUAUCUAGAUCAACGAAUGCCUGGUGUACUCGAUAGUCGAUAUAAUAAUGAUUGGUUUAAUGCAUGGGCUCAAAGACCUCAAUGGAUACUUGAAGAGAAAACAACCAAAAAUCUACUACCAACUUCUCCAACUUUGAUACUGACAAAUACGGAUAGAACGUAUCGACAACAAUGGGGACAUAGUUCUUUAGUUAUGACUCCAAAUAGUUCGUUACAUGAUUAUGAACCUACACCAACAACAGUAGGCAGCAAUUAUUACAAUAGUGAUAUUGAAGAGCGAAGAAAUCAAAUUUCAUCGCCAAUUGAACAUGCUGCUCAAGCACCAAAAUUACCAUCUACUCCCGUUACUAGUCGUAAAGUCGCGUUCACUAAUGAAUUUCAUAAACAAACACCAAAAAAAUCACCUGUCAACAAUAGCGCGACUACUGACACACAAAAAACACCGUAUUUUCAACGACUUAGUUCCAUACUUAAACAUUCUCUAUCUCCUCGAUCGGAUCGUUCAACGACAUAUCGUGCUGAAAGAGCUCACGUUAUACCAACAUUUAAUUAUCCUUCGUCACCAACGACUACGGAAAAUAAACGACCUUCUCAUAAUUUACUCUCAAAUAUUCUUCCAUCGACAACAUCAUCAUCGUCACUAUCAGAUCAAAGUAGUCAACAAUCAACGAAACCAUUCGUUUGUGAUACAUCAAUGGGCUUUCGACGUAAUCAUGAUACAACAGUAUUUACAACGCUUGAUGCCUAUACAAAAAAUUAUGUAUAUGAAGAUGAAGAUAAUGAUUAUUUAUGUAAAUCAACUUCAACUCUAGGUAGAUCUUCGCCCGGUGCUUAUUCUUAUGAUAUUUCGUAG